AUGGACGUGGAUCACAGCGUGCAAAAUGAAUCUGUGUCGACAGUAGACGACACAACAACAAUAACGGAGCUUAAGACGGAAAAUGAACAAACAAUGUCUACUACAAAAGCAUUGGUCAUAUUAGUGGUCAUAUUUUCAUUGUUUAUACUAAUCUUAGGCUAUUUAUAUUACAGUUUCCCCCAGAUGACCGAGGAGGAAAAAAAAUACAUAAAAAUUCCACGUAAUACCACAGAUAUGCAAAACUUGGGUAGAGUCUUGGAAGAUUACAAGGAUACAAAUUACACUCAAGUGUUUAUGUCAAUUUUCUUCUGUUACAUAUUUUUGCAGACGUUUGCCAUACCUGGAUCAAUUUCAUUAUCAAUAUUAUGUGGAUUUUUAUACCCAUUUUUAUUAGCAUUAGCAAUUAUAUGUUUUUGUUCGGCAAUGGGCGCUUGUUUUUGUUAUCUAUUGUCAAUGACAAUCGGAAGAAGAUUAGCAUACAGAUACUUCCCAGACAGAAUAAAAUCAUAUGCCAAUUUGGUUAAGAAACACAACGACAAUAUGUUCUGUUACAUGAUGUUCUUGCGAAUAACCCCAUUUUUGCCCAAUUGGUUCAUAAAUGUAUGUGCACCACUAGUCGAUGUUCCGUUAAUACCAUUUUGGUUGGGAACAUUUUUUGGAGUAGCAGUACCAUCUGUAUUGGUUGUACAAGCUGGACAAACUUUACAUCAGGUCGCAUCAGAAUCAACCUGGUCAUGGUCUUCCGUACUACUCUUGGCAACUUUUGCUGCCCUGUCAUUACUGCCUGUACUAUUCAAGGCAAAAUUAAGAGAUAAAUUUGACUGA